AGCCGUUGGGCUCUUCAAAUUGAACCGAUGAGUGGAGUUGUCGAAAAGGAGCCCAUCUUUUUCCAGAAAAAGGCCGCCAAACCCACGAAUGAAGACAUCAAGAUCACGCUGACUUGUAAAACAACCGUUCAAGUCUCUGCUGUUAUUCGAAUGGAAAUUGAAGGAGGACCAGACCACUUCUUCACCAUCAACCUCCAAUCCGAAAACUGUCUGUUUGGCGUCCCACCAAAUUCCCUUCCUGCUGCCCAAGACAACGGAUACAAUGUUCCAGUGGUGCUUCAGACGCUUCGGAACUAUUUUGUCAACAAUGGUGGACCGGACACGGUCGGCAUUUUCCGUGGAAGCGGCGAGGAGGAUCAGAUUCUUGCCAUCAAGCGCGCUCUCAACCAUAAUUCGUUCUCGGGCACCUCGGAUAUCAAUGCUAUAGCCACAGUCAUUAAGAUUUGGUUCCGCGAUCUGCCUCAACAACUCCUGAACGAAUUGGAUCAUGCAACCAUUCUCAAGUGCGAAAAAAAGGAGCAAUGCAUCGAGGCAUUACAGCUCGUGACGGAACCUCAGCGAACAUUAUUGAUGUGGUUGCUGGAUCUUCUUGCGGACGUCGCAUCGCACGAGCGAACCAACCAGAUGAAUGCCCAAAAGCUCGCUAUUUGCAUUGCUCCAAAUCUCUUUUCGACGCCACCAGAGGUCGUUCUUCCUCCCCAAGAGUACUUGCGUCUCUCGCAGGCCGUUGUGACCUUUGUUCAGCACCUUCUGACGCAUCGAAUCGAACGAAAUCUGCAUCGGCUCCGCCUCCAGAACUUCAAAAAGUUCGAGGACAUAACUUUCACCCUGACGCCCAGCCCCAAGAUUAUCGUUGGCGCGAACGGCUCGGGCAAGACGCAAGUCCUCUGGGCCACUCUCAUCUUCCUGCGCGGUCACAACGCUCGUGUCCGCACCUCCCGGUAUUGGACAAACCCCCAACCGUUCCUGGUCAAAGAACUCAAAGACCUCUUUGGCGACCCGUUGUUCGUGGACCCGGACUCCGGCGCAGACACGCUCGUUCGAAUCCGACCCGAUCCUCCUGCUGAGGCCACCAAGCCCGAUCAAGCCAAGGCACAAACCAAUGCAUCGCCUUCUGCUGUGCCCGUCACUGUGGAUGUACCGACCGCUGCUGGAUCAGCUAAGUCCGACCAAGUCGACGCCGCCAAAGUCAAGCUCGAACCCAUCAGAAGGUUCACUCUCACAGGGACGUUCCACGACGCCACGUACCAUGGCAAGAGCGAGAACGUCGAGGUGGCGUACUCGCUUGUCAAGGGUUUGCUCCUGGACACGACCCACGAGUCGCUCGCCCCAAUCCGCUUCGCCUUCAUGCAGCCCACGUAUCAGUGGGGCGACCGUGCGCAAGAACUACACAGAGACGAGCCGUUUCUGACCGCUGGCGUUCAGUAUCUACGUUCGCGCCUGUUUCAGGCAAAAGACUUUGUGAACGAUGGACUCCGUCAGCUCGGUUUCCUGGCCACGGUCGCUGCACCAAACAAAGGUGGACCUGCCAUUGCUUCUGUGACCGAGAACGGCGUCACCCUCGACAUUGGUGCCUGCGCUGGCUCGCUGCAGAAGAUCAUUGCCAUCCUGACGCUUCUCUACCAUCUGACGCCUGCUGCAACUACCGAAGCUGCCAAAGAAGACGCAAGAAUUGUCAACAACCAGCACACCUUCACGCAGCGCAUCUUCCUCAUCGACGAGCUCGAGGCAUUGCUCUACGAAAAUGUGACAGCCAAGCUCUACGAGUUUCUCGUCAACGCAUGCGCCAAGCACGACAUUCAGCUCAUCGUCGCCACCAACUCGCGUGCCAUCAUCGAGCCGCGCCUGAACACAAGGCGCGAGGUCUUGUUCCUCACUCCGGAUGGCAAGGCCGUCGAGCUGACAGAGGAACUGCCCAAGGACGAGGAGAAUCAGCAGUCCCUCUUCCCGAUCCUCAACGCUCUCAGCCAAGUCAAGGGCAGCAAGCCACUGCUCGUGUUGGAAGGCGCCAACGACCAGGCGUUCUACAGCAAGUACACGACCCUCGGCCAGCACUUUCAGUUCAUGACCACAGCAGGUGCUGUCAAGAAGGAGAGCAUCUCGUACAUCCUGAGGCAGGCCAACCUCAAGCACGUCUUUAUGAGGGACAGCGACAUGUACGCCGCUUCGUCCGAUCUGCCUGCGGCUCAGGCGCGGAUCACGAAACAUGUCGGCUCCCCUGUCAUCUACACGCAGCUGCCGUGCGUCGAAUCGUACCUGCUUUUGAGUGAAAUGCUCCAGAACGCCGGCGAGACAGACAAGCAACGCCACCUUGCCCUCGAAGUGAUUCUCGAGCACAAGCUGUACUUUGUCACCUCGUUCAAGAGCAUGCUCAAGGAGUCGGGUCUCAAGGAGUCUGGUCUCAAGGAGUCGGGUCUGGAGCCCUCGACGAUGCCGACGCAGAGAACCAAGGAACAGCUCAGUUGCUUGACCUUUGAGGAGCUCAAGGCGGCCGAGGAGUUAAUCCUGUUGUCCAAGGAAGAAAAGGACGAGCUCUUCCGGAAGGCCAAAGGCAAAGGCAGUGCCUCCGAGCCUGCGAAAUGCUCCCGUUGGUUCAAGCUUCGGGCGAAGAUGAACGCCGACCCGAACGAUCCGGAGGCGGUCUGGUCUGCAAUGUUCGCACAGCAACAGAAGAGCGCCAAUGCUUCGUCAAGCCCACUCGACUCUCUUGCCUUCUGGACCGCGUACGUCAAGAUGGUGCACGGCAAGGAGGCAAUGGUCUGCGGACCUGAUGGAACGCCGACGAGCACCGACGUGAUGAUUCGCCAGACGCCGUAUCUCCAUCACAAAGUCCAAGCCCUACUCAAUCAAACUGUGCAGGCUGUUCUCAAGGCUGUUUCUGAGUGA